GCUUUUCAGGCAUCUCCAGUCUCAGAUGAUGUCUGGUGUCAGGAUGAGGGCUCUCGUGUUGUUUGCGUUGGGAGUGCUGGGCUGCAGUCUGGUCGAAGGUCGAAUUGUGACCAAAUGCGAACUGAGGCAGCGGCUAAUCCAGGUGAUCGCCACCCUCCCACAGUCAGCUCAGCAUGCGGGACUGAAAGCAGAUGACAUUGUUGCCAAGAUCGUGUGCCAUGCAGAGCAGGGCUCCAACUUCACCACCAGUUUGGUAACCGAGGCUGCAGCUGAACUCAGCCAGGAAAACAACGGGGGUCAACAAGGGGUCAUGUCAAACACAGAGCCGCCCCAUGCCCGAAAACGACGCCACUCCAACCAGGGCCAAAGCAGCGGCGAGAACGAUGACGUCUGGGCUCUGUACGGCCUUUUCCAACUCAGUAGUCCUCAGUUCUGCAGCAGCGGCGAGGAAGCCUCCCCCAACAUCUGCCAGACGAACUGCAACAACUUCCUCGAUGACGACAUAACGGACGACAUCGGCUGCGUGUUGAAGCUCCUCACCGACCUUCUUCAAAAUGGCUUCAGGUCAGAUCACUGGAAGGAGCUGAAGAAGAUCCUCAAGGUCAUGUUUCAGGAAAAAUGCAGAGCGGUGCAUGCCAAAGACUACUUCGCUGAAUGCCAAUAAAAUCCUUUAUUUUGAUGCAACUUUAUUUACAGUAAUCCACAGCCACUGGGUGAAUUAAAUAAAAAAGUACAAAGUAUGUAACACUUAAUAGUUUGUUUCAUGUCAAAAUCUGAAUGACCUAAUGAUGAAAUUGAAUAAAUGUGGAAAAACGAAUUAA